AGGUAUGGUUUCCUAAUUAGAUGAGUGAUGUUCAUUAGCCUCCCCACAUUUGUUCUUUUAUAAUGACAAUAUAAAUGCAACAAUGACCGGACCAAAUAGCCUCACCCUUAACGAUGGCAAGGCUGGAAUGCAAGGAUUGGACAAGGAGCGUAUAAACAGAAUAAUUCGCGAGACAAGCAAAGGGUCCAAGUUCUUCCAACACGCCGAAAAGAAAGAAAAGGAAUUGAAGAACAAGGUUGAUAAAAUGUUGAAAGAAAGGGGUGAACUCACUGAGCAGAUGAUAAAGCAGAGUGAGCUUGAGUUAGACGGAGUUCUUGCGCGGCUCGAGAGCGCUCGUGACUUAACACGUGACAUUGUGCACGUGGACAUGGACGCGUUCUACGCUGCCGUGGAGAUGAGAGACAAUCCUGCUCUCAAAGAUGUUCCCAUGGCAGUAGGGGGUUCAGCUAUGUUGUCGACCUCCAACUACCUAGCCCGGCGUUUUGGCGUGAGAGCAGCGAUGCCAGGCUUCAUAGCAAAGAAACUGUGUCCAGGGCUUGUGAUAGUGCCCGGUCAUCAUGAAAAGUAUAGUGCUGUAAGCAGUCAGGUCAUGGAGAUUAUUGGCAAGUUCACCUCAGAGUUCGCCGCGAUGAGUCUGGAUGAGGUGUACUGUGACUUGACAGAUGUCGUCCAGAACAGAACAGUAUCACCAGAGGAGUGUCCUGAGCAUGGGGAACCACCACUUUUUAAUAAUCUGAAUGGAUCCCACACUCCAAAUAAUGAUGAGGUCUCUAAACCUCUAGUAGCUGGAGAUGAGGUCUCUAAACCUGGAGCAGCUAGAGAUGAGGUCUCUAAACCUGGAGCAGCUAGAGAUGAGGUCUCUAAACCUGGCUUGUGUUGGUGUCGAAGGGAGAGGGUGGUGUGGAAUGUUGUGGAAGAGAUGAGGAGGGAGAUAGAGACAACUACUCAGCUCACAGCCAGUGCGGGAUUGAGUUGCAACACAUUUCUAGCUAAAGUUUGUUCUGAUCUCAAUAAACCUAACGGACAGUAUUUCUUACCGUCUGAUCGCGAGACUAUCAUGGACUUCGUCGCAGAGCUCGAAAUAAAAAAGGUUCCAGGUAUCGGUAGAGUCCAACAAGCCUACCUCUCAGCGCUCGGUGUUAACAAGGUCUCAGAUCUGAUAACCCACCGUGGGACUCUUGCUCACUUGUUCACUCCCGCCACAGUUCACUCUUAUCUCUAUACCGCUCUCGGACUUGGUUCCAAUCAGGUAUCAUCAGAUGAAGGUAGGCGGAGUAUAAGUACAGAGAACACUUUCUCCGAUACCAAUGUGAACACUGGAAAUAACAAACUGACACCAGAGAUUGUGGUUAUGUUGUCUGAGUUAUCAGAAACCCUCGCGAACAGACUUAAAGCUGAGAAUCUAGCGGGGGAGACAGUGAGUGUAAAGAUGAAACUAGCCACAUUCGAGAUAUUACAGAGGUCACGUACGCAGUCCCACGCUGUCAGCACAAAAGAGGAGAUUGAGUUCACGGCUAGGGAGUUGCUUUGUCAGCUGGUGAAGGAACUGCUCGAGAUUAAACCUCCCGGACACCGCCUCUCUGCUAGACUUCUCGGAGUGCGAGUAAAUAAGUUCGUGACCUCCACCAAACAAAGCUCCCUCCUCUCCUUCACACGAAACAGCUCCUCAAACUCCAACAAAACCUGGAGCUGUCCCGUGUGUGGGACCUGUCUUCCCGCUCAGAUAGUCUCCUUUAAUAAACAUGUAGACUCUUGCAUCGUCAAGGGAGAUGUUGUUGAACCAGAUAAUGCAAUGUCUGAAGUUAAGGAGGCACCGAAUAUUAUCAAACCUGUGUCAGGGCUGCAACAAAAUCACAGCGAUAAGGGUUCAGGAGUGAGUAUUACGCUAUCGUCUAUUAAAUCGGGGGAUAUGGGAGCUUCAGCUUCAGAUCAGAGAGGAAAGAAACGGAAAUCUUCAGAAGAAGGACCAGCUCUUCAGAAAUUCAUCGAUAAAAGAUGGACGUGUCCGAUCUGCUGCAAACUCGUCUCCUCAGAUUUAACUACUUUUAACCUUCACAUCGACCGCUGUCUUAACAAAGGUCAGCAAUCCCAACAAUCCAGCAGCUCGGACAAAAGACAAAGAACUGACGAGCAAUCCGAGGCUGGCGAUCAAAAACAAUCUUUGUUUAAAUAUUUUAAACGCACGAGUUAAUCAUAUUAAACCUCUUUCUAUUUUUAAAUGCUACUUUUACUUUGUGUGAUGUUCCGGUUUAUUAAAUGUGAUAAUAAUUUAUUUAUAUUUGAGUUUUCAGUCAAUAUGUUUAUGUGCAUACUAACUGUAUUUAUUUUAAAAUCUUCGGGAUAAAUUGUUAUGAUUAUUAUAUGAAAACUUGAUUUUUACUUGUGAUUUAGAA